AUUUGACGCCCGCUGACACCAAAGUCGGUAGCUCUCUCAGCAACCAAACAACAACCCGAACUCGAUCCGCAUCAAAUCAUAAACACCCCAGCUCAUACCAAACGAACAUCGAAGUUUGCCAUCCAUCACUGCUGACCACACUCACAUUCGGAUUACCACAAUCGAGCACUGAUCUGAUCUGACCUGGCCAGCCGCCCACCUCAACAAUGGCGGACGCCGCAUUCAAGCCGGAGAAGGACUUCUCCAAGGAAGCCGACAAGCUCAUCCCCGAAGCGGAGAAGCUUGCCAAGUCAGACAUCCAGGGCGCAAUCGAGAAGUUGAGCGUGUUGGAAAAGCAGGCCCGUCAGGCAUCAGAUCUCGCAACUACAUCACGAGUUCUUGUCGCCAUCGUCACGAUAUGCAAAGAUGAGGGUGACUGGAGCUUACUUAACGACCAAGUCUUGGUUCUAUCCAAGAAGCACAGCCAGCUGAAGCAGGCCAUCACCAAGAUGGUCCAGACGGUUGUGACAUUCCUCGACUCCACGCCAAACCUUGAGACGAAGCUCUCUGUCAUCGAGACGCUGCGCACCGUCACUGAGGGCAAGAUCUUUGUCGAGGUGGAGCGGGCGCGCGUCACCAAGAUUCUUUCCGACAUCAAGAAGGAGCAGGGUGACCUCAAGGCGGCCACCGACAUUCUGUGCGAGCUGCAGGUUGAAACCUUUGGCUCGAUGGAGCGUCGGGAGAAGACACAGUUCCUCCUCGACCAGGUCGCAUUGUGCAUCGAGAGUGGAGACUGGACGCAGGCAGGCAUUUUGAGCCGCAAGAUCAGCACCAAAUACCUGGCGCGCAAGCCCAAGAAGACACCUGAGCAGCUGGAGAAGGAGAAGCAGGAACGGGAGAAGAAGGCGAAGAAGGGAGAUGUUGUGCCCGAGGUCGAGGUUGACGACACGACCGAUCUGAAGCUGCGAUACUAUGAGCAGCAGGUUAUAUUGUCCCAGCACGAGGAUAAGUACCUCGACGUUUGCAAGCACUACAGGCAAGUCCUGGACACGGAAGCCGUUGAGGAGGACCCGGCCAAGCUUCGAGCUGUUCUUCAACGAGUCAUCUACUUUAUCAUCCUUUCUCCCCACGACAACGAGCAGCAUGACCUUCUUCACCGUAUCCACCGAGACACCCGCAACAGCCAGAUACAGCUGGAUGCGGAACUGCUCAAACUCUUCACCGUUCACGAGCUGAUGCGCUGGCCCGAGGUUGCCAAGACGUUCGGCCCCCAUCUCUGCUCAACAGACGUCUUCUCCAACCAGCCCCCGCCAUCCGCAUCUUCCAACACGACUCCUUCAGCAGCCACUGAUAAGGUGGUCAAGCCUCACAAGCGAUGGGAGGACCUGCGUAAGCGCGUAAUCGAGCAUAACGUGCGCGUCAUCGCCCGCUAUUACACGCGCAUCAGAAUGGACCGCCUGACGGAACUGUUGGAUCUGGCCGAGGAAGAGACGGAGAAGUACAUUAGCGACCUCGUCACCUCCAAGACUGUAUACGCCAAAAUUGACAGGCCGGCGCGGAUCGUCAACUUUGCCAAGCCACGUGAUGCGGAUGACGUCUUGAACGAGUGGAGCAGCAAUAUGAAAUCGCUACUUGGUCUGCUGGAGCGCAUCGAUCACCUGAUCACCAAGGAGGAGAUGAUGGCAAACAUUCAACCUGGUGCCAAAGGCAAGGGUCAGGGAGAGAAGGCGCCGAGCACACGGGUAAAAUAAACAACGAUGAUGGUUGAUUUUGUAUCUUUGGUGAUCAAGGAGAAGAUAAUCCAAGUUAGGAGGUUUACGGAAGUUGGUCAACCUUAGAAUCACGAAUAGAUGGCUGCUUUGCUCACUCUGGGUUCCAAGCUAUUAUGAUCAGGUGGGAAUCAUGACAGAAAACCACAUCGGGUGUACUUGUAUAAUUCUAGAGCUUUGAGGCAUGGAAAUGACUUGGUCUGGCCAUUUUCGAGUCUCCUUGGUGUGAUACUAGAUCGAAAGGAUUUUAGGAGUCUAUAUCUGGUCUAUGCUACAUCAACCUACCAAGCACUGUAUAGAAACAGGGUGAAAAUGAACACAGAAACAAAAAUGAUAGGCUUCUCCGUCUCUAGACGUUGCUGCUGAGGACAUAUAGAUCUUGCCCCUACGCAGCAGCAGCAUCAGCAGCAGCAGCA